CUGGCAGAAUUUAAUUGAAUUUGGAGGAUGAAGACGAACCUAAUGCAUUUGAUUCCCCCAGUGAGCAGGGACAGAAUAAUCUCCCAGUUUCCCAAGUGGUACACACCUGAGGCCUGUCUGCAGUUCAAAGAGCACUUCCAUGCGCAGGUCAGGACUGCUUGUCAGCAGAGCGCAGGAACGGUCGGGCUGAAAAUAUCCAAAGUGGUUGUGGUAGGAGACCUGUAUGUUGGGAAAACCAGCCUUAUCAACAGAUUUUGUAAAGAUAAAUUUGAUCGAGACUACAAGGCGACUAUUGGAGUGGAUUUUGAAAUUGAACGUUUUGAAGUAAUUGGAAUACCAUAUAAUCUCCAGAUAUGGGACACAGCAGGUCAGGAAAAGUUCAAGUGCAUCGCAUCUGCUUACUACCGAGGAGCAGAGGUUAUAAUAACAGUGUUUGAUCUGGCUGAUAUCCAGACUUUGGAACACACCAAACAGUGGCUAGAAGAUGCAUUGAGGGAGAAUGAGCCAGAUUCCAGCUUCAUCUUUCUAGUUGGAACAAAAAAAGAUUUGGUGUCAGAUGCUGUGUGUGAAAGGACAGAGCUAGAUGCCAUCCGCUUUGCCAAUGAGAUGCAAGCAGAAUACUGGUCAGUUUCAGCAAAAACGGGGGAAAAUGUCAAAGAGUUCUUUUCCCGAGUUGCUGCCUUGGCCUUUGAACAGUCCAUGAUAAAGGAGCUGGAGAAAACUGCUGGGCACAUGACCCAAAUUGGGUCAGGAAACCUCAUCAAACUGGAAAAGAACAUGAUGGAAACCCCAGAAGGCAACACUCAAGGCAGCCUGAGUUGCUGCUGA